AGGGUACUGGGUGGGGCUUUGAGACUGCCACGUGCACUUGACCUCUCCCCUCAGAUUCGGAGGCGCCGCCCCACCCCCGCCACCCUCGUGCUGACCAGUGACCAGUCAUCCCCAGAGAUAGAUGAAGACCGGAUCCCCAACCCGCUUCUCAAGUCCACUUUGUCCAUGUCUCCACGGCAACGGAAGAAGGUGACGAGGACCACACCCACAAUGAAAGAGCUCCAGAUGAUGGUUGAACAUCACCUGGGGCAACAGCAGCAGGGAGAGGAACCUGAGGGAGCCGCCGAGAGCACAGGGACCCAGGAGUCCUGCCCGCCUGGGAUCACAGACACAGAAGCGGAGUUAAGGCUGGGCCCUUCUGGGAAAGCACAAAAGCCUGCAGAAUCCAUCCCUAAAACUCAGGAGAGGGGCAGUGAGAAACCCAGCACAGGGGAACCCACAACCCAUAUACCACCAUUGGAUUCCCAGGGAGCCAACUCGGUCUGAGAGUGAAGGAGGUAUCCUGGAAUCAAGACUGCAGUUGGGAUGCAUGGACACUGGAUUUGUUUCUUAUUCUUCACUUUUGGGAAAAAUCUCCUGUUUUUAAAAAGUGAUAAAUUUGGUGUUAGGUGCU